CUACGAGUGAUACUUUGAACAGGCGUGUUUGCCACCAGUGACAACGAGAUGGCGCCAGUUUGCAUUUUAAGCCAGGCUGCUGUCACAACAACAGGCAGUGCAAGAUUCCCCAGAGAGCUCAGAAAUUGUCAUUUCUCACCAGUGUCGAGGCAGAGCGAGAGGGCUGUGGAGUGGACUGGUGUGUUUUCACAGAGGGAAUGCUUCUCCUAUCCUUUCGUCGUUGUAAGAACUAAAAUAGUCAAUGCAAACGAGUGUUCCUCUGCAGGCGAUGGGCUGGUGUGCAGGUGAACCAACGUGAGAGCAGUCUCCCUCAAGGAACCGCACAUGGGAAGCGUAUCACCCAACCAUACCCUCAUUCUGACACUCUGAGGACGGACUGCGAGAUGUCUAGAGACAACAUGACAGAUGUUCGAGGAGCCCAUUCACACGGUGCAAGCCCCGCUUCACCUAAGGAGAACGGACACGCAGCGCCAAGCCAACCCAACUUUCCCCAGCCCUCAGCGGGGGAAAUACCCGAGGAUACCCCGGUGUCCUCCAUCGGCGAGCUGACCCAGACCUGGGUCCACUUAGCUAAAACAUUUGUUCUUAUUUUCCCCAUUUACGCGCUGGGAUAUUUUGAGUUCAGUUUUAGCUGGCUGCUGAUUGGACUUGUUAUCUUUUUCUGGUGGAGGAGAAACACAGGAGGGAAACACAGCAGGCUGAACAGAGCUCUUGCCUUCUUUGAGCAAGAGGAGAGAAAUGUGAGGCAGAGUCUGACCACCUCUGAUUUACCACCAUGGGUCCACUUUCCAGACGUAGAGCGAGUGGAGUGGCUAAACAAGACAGUGAAACAAAUGUGGCCGUACAUCUGCCAGUUUGUGGAUAAACUUUUCCACGAGACAAUCGAGCCUGCGGUGAAGGAAUCAAACGCCCACCUCAGCACCUUCUGCUUCAGCAAGAUCGACAUGGGAGACAAACCCAUCAGGAUCAACGGGGUCAAGGUUUACACAGAGAAUGUGGAUAAGAGGCAGAUCAUCAUGGACCUACAGAUCAGCUUCGUCGGAAACACUGAGAUUGAUGUUGACAUCAAACGCUACUACUGCAAAGCCGGCAUCAAAAGCAUCCAGAUCCACGGGGUGUUGAGGGUGGUGAUGGAGCCGUUGCUUGGUGAUAUGCCCCUUGUCGGAGCGCUGUCUGUGUUCUUCCUCAAGAAACCACUUCUGGAAAUAAACUGGACUGGCCUCACCAAUAUUCUUGACAUUCCUGGGCUCAAUGGCUUCUCCGACAGUCUGAUUCAAGACAUCAUCUGCAGUUAUCUGGUUUUACCGAACCGCAUCACCAUCCCCCUGGUCGGAGAUGUGGAGCUGGCCAACCUACGCUUCCCCAUGCCAAAGGGAGUCCUGAGGAUUCACUUCUUGGAGGCUCAGGAUCUGGAGGGGAAGGAUAAAUUCCUGGGGGGGCUGAUCAAAGGCAAGUCCGACCCUUAUGGCGUCCUGCAGAUCGGCAACCAGCUGUUCCAGAGCAAGACGGUCAAAGAAAGCCUCCACCCAAAAUGGAACGAGGUUUACGAGGCGCUGGUGUACGAGCAGUCAGGUCAACAUCUGGAAAUCGAGCUGUUUGAUGAGGAUCCCGACAAAGACGAUUUCCUGGGAAGCCUGAUGAUCGAUAUGACUGAGCUGCACAAAGAACAGAAAGUUGACGAGUGGUUUGACCUGGAGGAAACUUCUACUGGGAAACUCCACUUAAAACUGGAGUGGCUGUCUCUGCUCUCCACGCCUGAGAAGUUGGACCAGGUGCUGCGAAGUGUGCGUGCAGACAGAAGCCUGGCCAAUGACGGAUUAUCAUCAGCACUGUUUGUGGUCUACCUGGACUCAGCAAAGAACCUGCCAAGCAACCUGUCAGAUUUCACCUAUGACGGGUUGAAGCAAGUCUCAGUCUUUAAGGCCCUGAAGUCUGCAAAGAAGAGCAGCAGCGAGCCAAGUCCUUACGUCCAGAUGACUGUUGGACACAAAACACUUGAGAGUAAGAUCCGAUACAAGACCAAGGAGCCUCUGUGGGAAGAUUGCUUCUCAUUCCUCGUUCACAACCCCAGGAGGCAGGAGCUGGAGGUGGAGGUGAAAGAUGACAAGCACAAAUGCACCCUGGGUAAUUUGUCGGUGCCUCUGAGCAGCCUGUUGGCGGAAGAGGACAUGACGCUGACUCAGUGCUUUCCCCUCAAAAACUCCGGUCCCAGCUCCACCAUUAAGCUCAAGAUGGCCCUGAGGAUCCUGUCCCUGGAGAAGCAGGUCUCCUCGGACCAGCCAUCCUCCGUCCGGGUCAGGAAGUCCAGCGUCCCGCAGCCGAACGCAACCCCCUCCCUCAGACUAUCGGCCUCGGUCCCGCUCCCUCCACCCACUCCUCCACCGCCCAUAGACGCUUCCACCCUCACCCUCCAGCAGCGCGACGGAGAGCCGUACUCAGCCAGCCCUCUUCGCAGCCUCUCCAACCUGAGCACCUGCAUGUCCAGCUCCCAGAAACACCUGCCACACAAGGAGUCCACGCCCAGCCUGGCCUCGGAUAUCUCUCUACCCUUUGCUACUUUGGAGCUGCAGCAACGACUCCGUCAGCUGCAGAAUGGCUCGGCCCCCAGCCAGUUCCCCCUUGGCGAGGUCCAGCUUACGGUCCGACACAGUGCCCAGAGGAACAAACUCAUCGUGGUGGUGCACGCCUGCCGUAACUUGAUAGCCUUCACCAAAGACAGCUCAGAUCCCUUCAUCCGCCUCUAUUUGUUGCCUGACAAGAGCAGGACGGGGAGGAGGAAGACGGGCACCAUGAAGAGGACGCUCAACCCUGUGUUUGAUCAAACGUUUGAGUUUAGUGUAUCUAUGGUGGAGCUCCACAGGCGAACUCUGGAUGUAGCAGUAAAGAACGGAGGGAGCAUCCUCUCCAAACACAAAGGACUUUUAGGAAAGGUGAUGGUAGAUUUAAGUGGGGAUGAUAUAUCAAAAGGAUGGACUCAAUGGUAUGACCUGAGUGAAGAUGGAUGGACGUCUCAAAGCAUAAGGAGUAUUGUGGACCCUCUUCUCACAUAGUGAAGCCACGCUUCUGCUGUAAUAUUGCAAUCUUGUCAAUGAAAGGGCACAUCAUUUUGUUGUAUUCAUGUACAUUUUUCAUAUAGUUUACAGGAAAUGUUUCAGCAUGCAAGAAGUUUUUCAAACUUUUCUUAUUGUUAUUAUAUUAUUAUUAUAUUAUGAUCUAAUUGGAAGAUAUUGUAAUGCAUUGGAACACAAUGACUGCCUUGUCUCCUUUUUUUCUGUGUUUUAUGUAAAUAUGAAAGGGGCUUUCAUGGCAUUAAGUUUCCUUACAGGAAAUGACAUUUAAAUUUGUAAAAGCGUUUUAAUGACUUUCUGUCCAAUUUGUUAAAAUGUGACAAAUUGUGUUUUUAUGUCCUCUGAGAAUACUCUUACCAAAGGCGCAGUGACUUAAGAGUAGGCUUAAGUAGCAGUCUUGACUCUGAUAUUUUUUGUCAUGCAGUGGUAUUUGAUUGUUUACCUCUUAUUCUUAUGUUAUGCUUGAUUACAAACACGGAAUGCAGAGAAUAUAAUGACUGGUCUGUAUAUUUGAAGAGGACUUUGUGCAAUAUUGAUUGUUCUGAUCAAUGUCUCAGAUACUGAUGACAUGAGGGCAUUUUAGAGCUAUGAAUAAGUGCUGUAUAAUAUGAGCAGUUAUUAAGGAUACUUGAAUAAGGGUUUGGUUGUUUGAAAAACUGAAUGUAAGUCAAACAAACUGAAUAAUAUGAGCAGAGAAUAUAUCCUAUUUUAUGAGCAGGGCUGCCAGAAUGUGCAGUCCAGAUGACAGAAAUGUGUAACUAAAUCGUACAUUUUAUUGUCAUGCAGCCAGAACUAUUUGUUUGAGCGUUUAAAUACUUUUGUUAUCUAUCCUGUGCCUUAAAAAAGCGACGUAAUUUUUGCCUUGUCAUCGUUAUUUUUUGAAUGAUAUGAUGCCUCAAGGGUUUUGAAGAAUAAAUGGUUUCUCUUGUGAAAAUCCA